AUUCAUCUGUGAAAAACGCGCGACAGACACUAUUGGAAGCCUAGUAUGCGUAAUCGAGUAGACAGUCCAAAGCCCACAUCGCGUCCAGAGAGUCGCAUGCGCAUGUCUUCGCACGUCGUCGCGUGCAAGUCGAGUCCUCUCGGCGCUUGCUCACACGUCCACCUUGCCUUCACCACGAUGCUACCCCUAUCCCUGCUCAAUGCAGCCCAAAACAAACCCAUGUUGGUCGAGCUGAAGAACGGCGAGACGUUCAACGGGCACCUCGUCAACUGCGACAACUUCAUGAACAUCACGUUGCGAGAGGUGUACCAGACCAAUGCGGAGGGCGACCGGUUCUGGAAGCUCAAGGAGUGCUACAUUCGCGGGAGCACGAUCAAGUACCUGAGGGUGCCGGAUACGUUGCUGGAUGCGGUCAAGGAAGAGCAGAGUAAGGCGAGGGAGGUGGGCAGGAGCGCGAGAGGAGCGCAUGUCAGUGGUGCGGGUGGUAGAGGACGAGGUGCUCCGCAAAGAGGACGUGGAGCGGUACGCGGUGGGCCCAUGCGCGGGGCCCGGGGUCGUGGAAGGGGUUGAUGCCGGAUGGGAGGGAAUGCAGGACGAGCCGGUAUACUUUUCGAGGCUACCCUGCACUUGCGUGCUAGUGUAUUGUAUUU